UUGAAUGUUGCGCAAUCGCGCAGACCACGAUAUCACAAUUCGCGAUCCUCAUCUCAACCUCCAACAAACGUCGUUCGACGAGAUCGGCAAUGGGAAACAGUGGCUCUAAACAGGAGCAACCGGUGUUCAACCCGUGAGUGGCCAAUCGCAGCAACGCGACACCGAUCAAACCAUUGGAAAUUUCCCGGCUGAUGGAAACUCCUAAUAGUGAUGCGCCCGUGAGAUUCAGCCAAUCCGUCCUGAACUCCUUUCAGAACAACCCGGAGACCGACUCCACCCGCGCCCAAGACCGCGAACUCGAAAAGCACACCCGCGUCACCUCCCAACUCACGGAGAAGCGCGACGCCCAGGCCAAACAACUCGCCGAUCUGACCGACUCCCUCACCACCGCCGCGCCCAUCCCCGACUCUCCCACCGAAGAACAGCCCAGCAGCAGAACUGGCCUGUUAGCCUCGCUGAGCUCCCCCUUCUACCAGGACCACAGCGAGAAAUCCGCGGCAGACAACAAGAAAAAAAUGGAUGCGAACCGCAGCAACCAGAGCGUGAACAAGGAGGUCGCCGCCCUCCGCGCGAAGCUGGAUAGUCGCAAGAAGCUGGAGCAGUUGCCGCCGAAUGUCGAGAAGGCCAAGGAGGAGCUCGUGUCCUGCUUGAGGACCAACGACCGACGGCCGCUGGACUGUUGGCAGGAGGUGGAGAACUUCAAGACCGAGGUCGGCAAGCUCGAGAAGGCUUUCAUCGAGAAGGCUGGACGAUGAGUGGAUGUCGCAGGAGGUUACUCACCCUGCGAUGGGUGGGCGGUUCGAGGUCGAAGUUCCAUCUGUACUAAAACGCAUAAGAAGAUAACUUUAUAGCAAUGGCUGUUGGAAUUGCUGUCAUGGUGAAUAUAGACACAUCGAAAUUAUGAUUCAGGGUGUCCGGAAUAGUCAAUUCUCUGUCCACCAGUGACAAGCAUCGCUGAGCCAAACUAGGGUAUAGGAAUGGAGGAGCUAUUGGGUCUAUUCAAUUAUUUAUUUAACACAGGAAAGCCGAACCCAGAGAGUCCGAAUAGUCAAAACACUGUCCAGGUACGAGAUCGUCUACUCGCGUCGCUUCUUGCCUUCCUCCAAGAUGUUAAGGCGAGAAUCAGUCUUACCCGAGCCG